AGCCACUCUAACCGAUCGGUGAGGGGUUUUGUGGGUCAUGGAGGAGGAAGGUAAAUAAAAGAGCGGCGCUAAUAACACACAGCAGCUGGUUUCAGACGGUUACCGGGAGGUUUGUCACUGCGGCGGCUUCUGUUUGUGAUACGGGCGGAGAGGACACACCGGAGAGGAGGGACUGUCGGCCGGGCUUCAGCAGCAGCUGUCUGCGCUCUCAGGUGGUCUGAUUGGGUUUGCCUCAACCUUGUGUUGCCAUGGCGAUGCGGGAGUUGGUGGAGGCAGAAUGUGGGGGAGCCAAUCCCCUCAUGAAGUUGACCGGCCACAUGACCAAGGAAGGGGGGGCAUGGCGACACCGCUCAACACCUACAAUUCCCCCCGCUCCCAUUGAAAUUGCAACUGAAGAAGAGCUGGUGAAUGAGUUCCUUCAGGCUCCCCCUCGUCCCCCACACACAUUUGACAUGGGUCAGCUGUUGGAGGAAAUGCAGCAGAUUGACCAGCAGAGCUACAGACAAGCUCCACAGAGAGCUCCAGAUGUGGCAGCGUUGGCCCUCUCUGGAGACUGGACGGCCGAGUUUCUCUCAGGUCCUGAUGCUGCCUCCACACCGGGACUCAUUGCUCUUGGUGAUGCAGCAGAUGCUGAUUGGACGAAAGAAUUUAUCGCUGAGGCUGCAGAUCCUGGACGCUGGGCAGAGGAGUAUCUGGAGCAGUCGGAGGAGAAGUUGUGGCUUGGAGACCUGGGAGACAAGGAGAAUGAAUGGACGAAGGAGUAUCAGCCAGGGGAGGAGCUGAGACAAACAGCCAAUGAGCUCGUUUCAAAGGUGGACGACCCCAAGUUACAAAACACUGAGUUCCUGCGAUUCAUUAGGCAGAUUGGCGAGGGCAGUGUGACAGUGGAGAGCAGAACAGACAAACAGCUCACAGAUAAAGCUCAGGCCGCGGAGGCUCAGAACUGGGCCUCCAACCUCAACCAGGUGUCAGAGGACUCAGCUGAAGCCUGGGUAGAUGAGUUCGCCACAUCAGGACCAGAUUUCCAGCAAGCUAAGGCAGCAGUGGAGAGUGAUGUGGAUUUCUGGGAGAAGCUGCAGCAGGAGUGGGAGGAGAUGGCGAAGAGGGACGCAGAGAGCCACCCCUGGCUGUCUGACUUCGAUCAGCUACUCAGCACUUCUUAUGACAAGGGGUAUCAGUUUGAAGACGACAACCCAUACUUAUCCCACCCGGACCCUUUGUCAGAAGGCGUGAAGAGGAUGGAGGCAGGAGACAUCCCCGGUGCUGUGCGCUUCUUUGAAAGUGCUGUUCAGAGAGAACCAGACAACCAGCUGGCUUGGCAAUAUCUGGGAACCUGUCAGGCAGAGAACGAGCAAGAGUUUGCUGCCAUCAGCGCCCUCCGCAGAUGUAUAGAGCUGAAGAACGACAACCUGACUGCUCUGAUGGCGCUGGCCGUCAGUUUCACCAACGAAUCGCUGCACAGGCAGGCCUGUGAAACUCUUCGCGACUGGCUAAAGCACAAUCCAAAAUACCGCUCUGUGUGGGAGCAGAAUGAAGGUGAACGCCAAAAGGAUGGUGCCAGAGAAAGGGAGAAGGAGAGGGAGAGGUUCGGGUCUCUGCUUCCAGAGUCUUUGUUUACUGAGGUCCAGUCCCUGUACCUGCAGGCAGCAAACUCCGACCCCGCCCAGGUGGACCCCCAGCUGCAGUGUGGUCUGGGAGUUCUCUUCAACCUCAGCGGAGAGUACGACAAGGCGGUGGACUGUUUUAGUGCUGCUCUGUCUGUCACACCACAGGACUACCUGCUGUGGAACAAGUUGGGCGCCACACUCGCCAACGGAAGCCGCUCAGAGGAGGCCGUGGCCGCCUACAGGAGAGCUCUGGAGCUGCAGCCCGGUUUUGUCCGCAGUCGCUACAACUUGGGAAUCAGCUGUGUCAACUUAGGAGCACACAGAGAGGCAGUGGAGCAUUUCCUCGAAGCUCUGUCUCUACAGCGCCAGGCCGCCGGGGACGGAGCGAGAGCUGCGAGGGGGCCCGGAGGCGCUGCAGCCACCAUGAUGUCGGACAACAUCUGGUCCACCCUGCGUAUGGCUCUCAGCAUGAUGGGAGAGAGCCCUCUGUACGCCGCCGCCGACCGCCGGGACUUGGACACGUUGCUGGCUCACUUCUGCCAGAGAGAGGUGGAGGGCGGGACUGAAUGAAGGCCAGCCGGGGGAGGACGUGUUGAGUGUGAGUGUUUUUUGCUGGGAGGUGAAUGUUUGGGGGACUGAAUGAAGCGGAGAGGAAUCGGAGCAGUAACGGUUACAGAGAAUCCGAGGAGGACACUGUGAAUUAUCCACCAUCCUACAGAGAUCAUCGUGAGGUCAUGUGCGUUUGAAUGACUUCUAUCAGUUAUGGCAGUAUUAGUCUCUACCGGACAAAAGCGGCCGGCAGCAACACAGUCCCAGUACUGUAUUUUACAUGUUUGACAGUCCUCACAUUUCCUCUGUUGAUCUAGAGAUCAUUGAUAAUGUCACUGUUGUUGUUGAUUUAAAAUGUGUUCUCGAUGAAGAAAGUAAAAGAUGAUGAAUGCGAGGUUGACGGUUUACCACGACGCUCAGUGCUCUCACAGUCUUUCCUCACAGCAGGUUGUUGGCUGAGCUGUAUACUCACAAUGGUUAUGUAGAUUAAAGGUACAAUAUCCCGUGACAUUGAAAGAGUACUGCUUUUUAUCAAAAGUGCUCUCAAGAGAUGGAUAAGGCCGGUCCAGAGUACAAACAGUAAUCAGAAGUGCUACAGCAGCUAGUUUUCCUUUUUUUUUUAUAUAUUUACUUUAUUUAAUUUUUUAGUUAUCAAUUAUCAGCCAGGAUGAUGAACUGACAACCAGCGGGACUGUUACUGUUAUGAUUAAGUGCGUGCAUGUGUACAGUACGUGUGAGUGUGUGUGUGUGUGUUUUGGGUCAGGUGGGGGAAUUAAUCGUGAGGAUAAGAUCAUAUAAUUGUAAUAUCAUUGAAAAUGAUUUCUCUGGGCUCCUCCCUUCUCUUGCUCUUUUUCAUAUUGCUCUUGUAAAACAAUUUGCUUCGUUGUAAAAUAAUGCUAUAUGCCAUAUUGUGUAUUGUAACAUAAUUGUUGCACUAUAAUUGUGUUCAGGCUAGUUGUAUCCUGACUGCAAUGUUUAAUAUUAUAUUCAGCAAUAAAGCUUUGAUUCCAAA